AUGGGUCAAGUCGACGAGGUCCAACAGCUUAGGGCUGCGCUUGAGCAGAAUGAACGGGAAAAACGCGCCUUGAUGGAGAAACUCAGCCGGGCGCAGCCUUAUCCCGCACCCGCUCAGGAUCAAAGCCGCCCGAUGAAGCGCUCAAAGACCACGCAUGCCGCGGGGUCCUCUUCAAUAGCCCCCAUGAUGCGGUCAAGGUCGAGCGUCGCGCGCCCGGGCCCGGGCCCCAACCCAAAUGCAUUUGCCCGUAGUGGAGCCCCCGCUGCUCCUCCAGCCAUGCAAAAUAACCUCCCGACCACACUUCCCGGUACCCUAGGUGACUACCUCCACCAAAGCCAGCUCCAGUAUCUCGCAAACACCUUUGCACCGGGCCCAAACCUCAUGACUGGCGGCUCGCAACCCGGCGAGCUUGGACGAGAGAUGGGCGUGGACGAGUUCCUGUCUAUGCACGAUGACUCUGUGCUUUCGACCAUAUCCCCUAUCAACAUCCCUCAGUCCGCUCUCCUGUCUCCCCAAGAGCCCGAUCAUUACGCGAGCUCGAGUUUCCCCUCCGCCUACGGAUCUCUAACCUCGGGCCCGACGAUAGAGACGGCCCCCAUGUCGCGGCGGAACAGCUCGAUGAACGACGUCUCUGGCCAGUUUAGCGAGAUGGUGCGAAUCCGGUCGCAACAGUCGGCGGGGAGCUAUCGCCCCAGCCCGGCCGCCGUUCCCCCGCCGUUGCUAGGAAAGCGUGCCUCAGAGGACUCGGGCAUUAUCGUCAUGCAAGGGGGCUCGUUCUCAUACGCCUACCCGUCUUCCGCCCCUCUACAAUCCCCCCUUACCCAACACCAGCACGCCAUGAAACCGUCGUUAUCGCAAUCCAGUGCCCCAUCUAACUCGUCAGAUGACGCCUCGACGCACGACAAUGGCCCUUGCCUCGCCCAACACUUGUCGAUGGAACGCUCGGUGUCCAGGGACAGUAUCAAGUCGAACUCGUCCUUAAAGUUUCGGGCCAAGGAAGCGCUUGCCCGACAAAACUACGCGGCCAAGUCCCGGCACCUUCAGCCCAAACCGGCCGCGGGUGUUGUCAAGCAGGAGGCAGCCGACCAGACCAACCAUGCCAAGGACGGCAAAGCCGCCAUCACCAAGACUAAAUACGAACGCCCCAAGCAUCCCAAGGUGCUGUGCAACCAGUGUAACGACCAUCCCGAGGGUUUCAGAGGCGAGCAUGAGCUCCGGCGACAUACCGAGGCUAAACACAAGAGCAUGGUCAAGAAGUGGGUCUGCCGCGACCCCAGCCUCUACGGCAUUCCACACUCCGAGACAGCCGUCAAGCCGCUCAAGGAUUGCAAACAGUGCUCGCAAAACAAGCACUACGGCGCCUAUUACAACGCCGCUGCGCACCUCCGCCGCACGCACUUCAAGGUGAAGGCCCGGAAGGGGGCGGCCGGCAAGAAUGGGAAUAUCAAGGUCGAGGAAGAGAAGGAGAAGCGAGGGGGGAAAGGUGGCGGCGACUGGCCGUCCAUGAGCGAGUUGAAGCAGUGGAUGGUGGAGGUCACUGUCCCCAUGGACCAAGCCGGUGCUCUGAUGCCCGAUGGAACUGAAUCGGUGGGCGCUGUAGAGCCCGAAGACUACGAGAACGAGUUUGCCGGCUCCCAGUACAACUCGCAAGGCGGGCAUCCCAUGCGGAUGUCCGCCGAUGAAUACGGCAUGCCCACAUUUGCCGGCGUCGGAGGAGGUUUCGGCCAGUCCAUCGACCUGACCGGCGCCUCGUUCCAAGGCGACCUAGACUCGCAGCUGUCCGAUAUGUACCGUCUCAACCACCCCGUCUUCCCCGCGCCAUCAAUUGACGGGCUCCCCAUCUCGUCCGCCGGGUUCGACUACAGGAACGCAGAGCCAAACACGCAACAGAGCAUGGCGGCGUCUAUGAUGAGCCUUAACAGCCAUGGCUACACUUCGCCCGUCUCAUCCACCGCGACCAUCACGCAAGCCGGCGCAUACAUGGACCAACUCCUCCCAUCGACUACGGUGCAGGGGUCUCGUGAUGAUCUGGCCGACUUGCCGUUUGACCUCACAUUCGCGACGAUGGAGCAGUAG